AUGUCAAAAUCUGUAUUAUUACUCACUAUCGUCCUCUUACUCUCUGUCCAUGCUAUCAUGGCUGAUGACAUCCUCACUCGUUUCUCCGAGCAACAUCUCACUGCUUCUGAAUGCCCAUUGAUCAAAAACCAAUGGUUAUGUUACUUUUCUCAAUUAUGCACAUGGUAUUCGGGCAAAUGUCAUGCAAUUAGAGAUGCUGAACAGAAAUCAGAAGAAACAAUGCCAGAAGGAGACAUUCCAGAAGAAUUAACUCGUGAGAUUACAGAGCCAAAGGAACAAGACCAAGUUGGUGCUGAUUGGGGGUGUCCAUAUUUUAAGGAUCCAGCUGCCUGUUGGCUCCAAUGGCAUCAUUGUCACUGGCAAGGUGGCAAGGGCAUCUCUGUUGAUUGCAAACUGAUAAUCAUCAUAGCUUGCUUGGCAUCAAUUGAAUCACAAGACAACAUCAAGGUAAAAGAAGAAUGGGUAUUCAAGAAGAGAAGAGUUUAUCCAUAG